UAUCUACAGGUCAGAAAAAAGUCAUGGUGCAAUACUUAUGGAUCGUAAGCUUUGUGGUAGGACUUUUGCUCUCUUUGGCUCCUCUUGGGGACUCCCUUGCACUUGUCAAUGGAGGCAUGGUGACUCUUACACACAAUGAUGAUACUUUCAGGAGUGGUCAGGGACUUCAAGACAAGACGUCCAAGAUGGUUGAUGGCACUGGAAACAUUUGGCUUAGAGGAAGGAAGAUGGGCAUGAAGAAGGUGAAUAAAGCCAAAGACACUGUGAAAACAGGUGCAAACUAUUCUGUUGGAAAAUGUGGCUAUGGAGGAGAGAGGGUAGGGUGCAAACCGAAUAAUAGAGGUCUCGCUAAAAGAAUCCAUUUUGGCCUUGUACCUUUCAAUUCGGAUUACCGCAGACCCGUAAGACAUCCCCCAAAGAACAACUAAAGAAAGGGCUCCUAAAACUAUUUUGAGGUUCCUGUCUCGUGUGAUGAUAAGGGAGAACCUGUACGUUCUAGUGUCUCAGUAUGCUCUAAGAUUCUGAUGUUUAUGGGUGUUCAUGUAGAACAAUGGAUCUCAGCUAUUAUGUUAGGUAGGACUCAAAUUAUAGUUUUUAUUUACCAAGUCUAACAAUGUAAGAUUUACAUCAACUGUUCUUUUUGUGCAAAGAAUUUGAGUACUAUUUUUCAGGCA